AUGGUAGACGUUUCGGUUGAGUUUGACAUCUUUAACCACGAAAACCGGGGAUAUCUUGCCUCUGGCGUAAACUUUUGCCCCCAUGCCGUCACGGAAGAGGUUUUGACAUGGUUCGAAGAUGGCGGAUGCUUGAUGACGCUCAACAGUUUAAUUCCUGCCAUUCUGGUGUUUGUGGACCAGCUCAAUGUUGAGCUAUAUCUCAUCCAUGAACAGGAUGUCCUCUCAUCGCCGAGCAGCGGCGCGGCGUCUGAGUUUUUGACGUCUUUUGAGCCGUACUAA